CUCACUGGGCGGCCGUGCAUAUGGAGCAAUACAUGAUUUGUCUUUUAAACAGAAAAGAAAAGGCUUUCCUAGGUGAAUAGCCUUAUCAGAUUCCACAGGUGGUGAGAAGAAGCACAGAAGAUGUCAUUACCAUGGAUUUUGUGUUGCUCUGACCAAAAAGAUAAAAAUGUUGAAACCACCUGCCCAAAUGACAGCACAGGAUCCGUCAAAGAUCAGAAUGACACAAUGAAGAUGAAGCAAGAAAUUACAUUGUUUAAUGGGGUUUCUUUAAUAGUUGGAAACAUGAUUGGAUCUGGAAUAUUUGUCUCCCCAAAAGGAGUGUUGAUGUAUAGCACCUCGUUUGGACUUUCACUCAUUAUUUGGGCUCUUGGAGGAAUAUUUUCAAUGUUCGGUGCAUUAUGUUAUGCAGAACUGGGAACAUCAGUCAUGAAAUCUGGGGCCAGCUACGCUUAUAUACUUGAAGCAUUUGGUGGGUUUAUUGCCUUCAUCAGACUGUGGUCAUCUUUAUUAAUUAUAGAACCUACUACGCAGGCAAUUAUUGCAAUUACAUUUGCUAAUUAUAUAGUACAACCAAUUUUUCCAUCUUGCCAACCGCCAUAUGAAGCUGUUCGAUUGAUUGCGGCUGCUUGUAUUUGUACAUUAACAUUUAUUAAUUGUGUUCAUGUAAAAUGGGGAACAAGAGUACAAGAUGCGUUCACAUAUGGAAAGAUCAUUGCUCUUCUGGUUAUAAUAUCUGUUGGACUUGUGAAACUAGGACAAGGACAGACUCAUAAUCUAAAGGCUCCAUUUGAAGGUUCCACCACUAAAGCAGGGGCAGUGGCACUUGCUCUUUAUUCUGCACUCUACUCUUAUGCUGGAUGGGACACAUUAAACUUUGUCACAGAAGAAAUUAAGAAUCCAAAAAGGAGUCUUCCUCUAGCUAUCGGAAUUUCAAUGCCUAUUGUUACUGUUAUCUAUCUGCUGACUAACGUGGCAUAUUAUGCAGUCCUAGAUAUGCCAGCUGUUCUUGCCAGCGAUGCUGUUGCUGUGAGCUUUGGUAAUGAAGUUCUGGGUUAUGCAAAAUGGCUGAUUCCAGUAGCAGUGGCAAUGUCUUGCUAUGGAGGAUUAAAUUCAUCAGUAAUUGCAGCUUCAAGAUUAUUCUAUGUUGGAGCAAGGGAAGGACACCUCCCUACAAGUCUGAGUUUGAUCCACUUGAAAAAUUUCACACCAGUGCCUGCUCUGCUCUUCAAUGGUCUAAUGGCUAUCAUUUAUCUCCUUGUUGAAGACGUGUUUCAACUAAUAAAUUAUUACAGCUUCAGUUAUUGGCUGUUCGUGGGACUUUCGGUCGCUGGAUUAAUCGUUUUGAGAAUAACUCAACCUGAGCGAAUGAGACCAGUUAAGAUCAGUCUCUUCUUUCCAGUGGUGUAUUGCCUCUGCAGUCUUUUUCUUGUCAUAGUGCCUCUCUAUAGUGAUACAGUUAAUUCAAUCAUUGGUAUUGGGAUUGCCCUCUCUGGAAUACCAGCUUAUUUUCUUGGAGUUUAUUUACCUGUGGGAAAGAGACCACGAUGUUUCUCUUGGAUUUGUGAAUCCUUAACAAAAUAUGUACAGAUCGUGUGCAACUGCUGCCUGACAGAUUUGGAUGAUGAUAUAGAAAAGAAAAGAUAAGAUCUGUUGCCAGACAGACACAUGUCCCGUUUUGUAAACUUUUCAUUUUGAUCAGAAACAUUGUAAACUGCAGAUUAUGUAAAUAAUCAUUUGUUCUUGUGUUUAAAUUCUAUUUUUGUUUGUUGAUUUUGGUUCUGCUAGAUUUCAGAUGUGCAUUUUAUAUAUAUUUUUUUUGUCAUCAAACAAUGGUCUAUGAAUUAAAAUAUAUACUG